UCUCAACAUUGUCACAACACCGAGUUAGAGAAAUGGCAUCCAAAUUCUUAUUCCUCUCCUUCAUCUUCCUCCUUGGAACGGGCCUCCCGUCGAUGACAGAGGGUCACAGUCGUCGGGAGAAGAUAUCUCGAGUAUCUUCUCUGGUUAGUGAAAAACUUUUCAAGACGCUAUUUUUGCAUAAGGAUGAUAGUGCAUGCCCUGCGAAUGGAUUCUAUAGUUACCAAGCUUUUAUUGAAGCAACGACGAGGUUUCCGAAAUUUGGCACGACGGGUUGUUUGGCCACACGGAAGAGGGAAGUAGCGGCGUUUUUGGCGCAGAUCUCGCACGAGACGACGGGCGGGUGGGCGACUGCUCCGGAUGGACCUUUUGCUUGGGGGCUGUGCUUUAAAGAGGAAAUUAAUCCACAAAGCAACUAUUGUGAUGAUAGUGUUAAGCAGUGGCCUUGCUAUCCAGGAAAGUCCUACAAAGGAAGAGGACCUAUUCAAUUGUCAUGGAAUUUCAACUACGGGCCAGCAGGGAAGGCACUGGGAUUCGACGGCCUAAGAAACCCAGAGAGAGUGGCAGAGGACGCAACGACGGCCUUCAAGACGGCGCUGUGGUUCUGGAUGACGGAGCAGAAGCCGAAGCCGUCGUGUCACGACGUCAUGGUCGGGCGAUACGUUCCCACAAAGGCUGACAUAGAAGCAAAUCGAACCGCAGGAUAUGGACUGGUCACCAACAUCAUCAAUGGCGGACUUGAGUGUGGGAUUGCCAAUGACGCUCGAGUAAAUGAUCGAAUUGGCUACUUCCAAAGAUAUGCUCAGCUCUUCAAUGUCGAUACUGGACCCAACUUGGAUUGCCAGAACCAGAAACCCUUUUAGUUUCACUUUCAUUCCCACUUGUUUGUUUAUCAAUCGCCGUUUUUUCCUUUGUUAUGAAAUGAAGUAUGUAUUUGUUCAUGGUUCCACACAUUUAACACAAUAAUACAAGCUGAGUUUGCCUAA